AUGGAUUUCCGGUUUAUGUCCGUCGUAACUUUCCCUUUCGUGAAACUGGGUCAACUUCUCCUGGGUCUCGUCCUCACUCUCCUCCGUCUUGCCUGGUCCAUUAUCUAUACGAUCAUCCUCCCGGGCAUUUAUGUUGGCCAAUUUGCAUACCGUACAGUCCUAUAUCCAUUCGUACUUCUAGGAAAACUCGAGGACCUCUACAUCUUCUUCAGCUUCGCCGUCCUUAUCGGCGCCCUUGCCGCAACAACCGCAUUCUCCCUCUACCGCGGCGCCGUUCUGGUUCUAGACCUGAAUCCUGAGACAGCCGUCGCCAUUGAGACACCCGCACAACGCUCUAUUUCAGAGUACCGCGAGGGUCGAAAACAGCGACGGAAAUCCAAGUCGCCAUGGGUGGAUGAGUUCGAGCGGUCACGUCUUCCACCAAGCCCGCUAAGCCCUUUGAGUCCGGGAAGGUUUGAGUUUCCGGUCGGGGGAACGCUGGAUCGGAAACGGGACUUGAUGUCGCAGACGAUAUUAGAAGAGGAGGAUUCAUCGGGGUUUUAG